AUGUUUUUACAUUCGUUCAAUCGAUCGAUACUUCCUUCUUUCCCGGAUCAGCUUUUAUCUGAAUUCUUUAUUUCAUUCACUGGACUCAUGUUGAAUUAUUUCCUUACUUUCUUUUUUUAUUUUUCUUUCUAUCUUCGUUUGGUUUGUGUUGUGAUUUCCUUUUCUUUUGACUUUCUUUCUUUCUUUCUUUCUUUCUUUCUUUCUUUCUUUCUUUCUUCUCUCUCUUUCUUUCUUUUUUCUUUUUUUUUGCUUGUAUUGUCUUUCCUUUUUUUAACUUUCUUUCUUUUUUCUUUCUUUUUCUUUCUUUCUUUCUUUUUCUUUCUUUCUUUUUUCUUUCUUUUUUAUUCUUUCUUUCUUUCUUCUCUCUCUUUCUAUCUUUUUUCUUUUUUUUUGCUUGUAUUGUCUUUUCUUUUUUUAACUUUCUUUCUUUUUCUUUCUUUCUUUCUUUCUUUCUUUCUUUCGUUUAAUUUGUAUUUUCUUUCUUUCUUUCUUUCUUUCUUUCUUUCUUUUUUACCUUUCAAUUUCUAUCGUUCUUUCCCUUUUCCUGUUAUUUUCUUUCUUUCUUUCUUUCUCCAAUUAAUUUUAUUGUUCUUUUCAUUUUUACUUUUCAAUUUCUAUCGUUCUUUCGCUUUUCCCUGGAAAUGUCAAACUUCCUUCCUUCUUUCUUUCUUUUUCCUUCGCAAUUUCUUUAUUUCUUUCUUUCUUUCUUCCGUUAUUUCUUUCUUUCCUUUUUUCUUUCUAUGUACCUUUCAAAUUUCUGUUAAUUUCUUUCACUUCAUUUUUUUUCUUCUGAAUUCCUUUCUUAAUAUUAAUUCUACAUUUUCUGUUUUCCUUUUUUCUGUCUUUCACUUUUUCGUUCUAUCUAUCUAUCUAUCUAUCUAUCUAUCUAUCUAUCUAUCUAUCUAUCUAUCUAUCUCAGUCUGUUCAUAUCUAUCUAUCACAGUCUAUUCAUAUUUAUCUAUUUUAUCUAUCUAUCUAUCUAUCUAUCUAUCUAUCUAUCUAUCUAUCUCAGUCUGUUCAUAUCUAUCUAUCUAUCUAUCUAUCUAUCUAUCUAUCUAUCUCAGUCUGUUCAUAUCUAUCUAUCUCAGUCUGUUCAUAUCUAUCUAUCUAUCUCAGUCUAUUCAUAUAUCUAUCUAUCUAUCUAUCUAUCUAUCUAUCUAUCUAUCUAUCUAUCUUAGUCUGUUCAUAUCUAUCUAUCAUCUAUUCAUUCUAUCAUCUAUUCAUCCUAUCUAUCUCAGUCUGUUCAUAUCUAUAUAUCUAUCUAUCUAUCUUUCUUUUCUAAUUUUUGAUAUCUAUAUUAAUUCAUUCGUUUCCAUUCUUUUCCUUUUUUAUCAGAUAGCUAUGUAUGUAUCGUCUUCGGUCCCUAUCUAUCUAUCUAUCUAUCUAUCUAUCUAUCUAUCUAUCUAUCUAUCUAUCACCAUGUUCAUAUGUGUGUGUGUACGUAUCUCAGCCUGUUCAUAUCUAUCUAUCUAUCUAUCUAUCUAUCUAUCUAUCUAUCUAUUGAUAAGUUACAAAUCCUCAUAA